CGCGGGCACGCGCGCGCGCACGACCGGGACGACUCGCCGCGAUGGGUCGGGGAGACAUGACGAGCGCCGUCGAGCACGAGCUCGAGGAGCUCCGACGGAAGUACAAGAUCAUGGAAGCGAACCGCAAGGCGUACAGCGAGGACUCGCAGAAUCACAUCCGACGACAGCGGCAGAUCAUCGAUAAGCUCAAGGCGGACAACGCUAACCUGAAAUCCGAGCUCGUCGUGGACCAGCAGGACUCCGGGGCGCCGCCGCCGCUGAGCGUGCAGAACGAGAUCGUGCGCUUGGGCGACUUCGCGGACAUGUACACGCGCAAGAUCGAGAUGGAGAGGAGGCGCGUGGAGGAGCUCGACGAGCACCUGGCGCUCUCGGACGCGAAAAUCUUUGAGCAGAAGAAGGCGAUGGGGGGCGUGAACGCCCCCGCGGAUGACGACAACCGCGUGCACAUGUCCGUCACCGUCCUCGAGAAGAAGGUGGAUAGGACGCUGAUGAACUUCAACGAGGCGCUCGCGAAGAACAAGGCGCUGCGGGAGACGAUCGACAACUUGCGAAGGGAAAAGAUCGGGUUCGAAGCGGUGUACCGCAAACUCGAGAAGGAGCUGCAGGAGAAGAAACGCGAGAUGGCGAGCGUCAUCGACACGUCGAACAUCUCGUACGAGGCGAGAGAUCAGGCGCAGAACGAGAUCGCGGCGAUCCGCGCGCAAGGGGACAAGGAAGCCGCCGCGUUCGACGUCGAGUGGCGGGAGCUCGGGAAGAUCUUAGAGCACGACCGAAAGAUGAAGGAGCUCGCGAUGCGAAACAAACUCAAAGCCGCGGAGCUCGGGCUGUCGCUCGCGGAGGCGUCGGACGAGAAGCUCAACAAGAAGUCGCUCAGAGGGAAGAAGGAGAUCACCGAGAUGGCGAAGAAGGUGGAGACGUACGAGGAAGCGUUCACGAAGAUCCAAGCCGCGACCGGGAUCACGGACAUCGACGACCUCGUGACGUCGUUCAUCGCGGCGGAGGAUCAAAACUUUUCGCUCUUCAAUUUCGUAAACGAGCUCAACCAAGAGCAAGAGAAGCUCGAGGAGCAAGUCCAGGAGCUCCAGGCGGAGAUCCGGAAGUUCCGCGGGAACGGGCCGGACGACGACGGCCAGCGGAAGAAGAUCCUGAAGGAGCUCGAGCAGAAGCUCGAGCGCACGGACGCCUCCACGGCGUCGUACGAGAAGCGGUUCCAGCGCGUCACGUCCAUCGUCCGAGCCCUCGGCGCGGGCGUCUCCUCCAUCUACCACAAGAUCGGCUGCGACACCCCGGAGAACAGAGAGUACCUCGGCGACGACGGCGUCAAGGAGGACAACAUGCUGAUGUACCUGGGGAUCAUCGAGCAGAGGGCGAACGAGAUCAUCGCGGCGUACGUCGCGAAACUCUCCGCGUCGGGCGGCGGAGGGAGGUACGGCGGGAAGAUCGUCGCGCGACCGACCGGGCCGCCGACGCCGCCGAAGGGCGCGAUCGCGGGCGUGAGCAUCGACCCGCCGACGACGGCGCCGGACGACUACGGACGCGACGACGAGAGCGAGGAAGAGGUUGACGACCGACCGCUCACGCGCGAGGAGCUGCAAGAGAAGACGCUGCGGUCGCUGAGCAAGCGCGAGAGUCAGGGCGGCGCCGGCGGCGCCGGCGCGAAGAAGCGAGGCGCGAAGAAGCGAUAGUCUGUCUGUCGUCGUCUGUUGUAUCAUCGAAGGAAAUCGUAC